AUGAUGCGGCGCCCCACCCGCACCUUCAGCGGCGGCUGGCGCAUGCGGGUGGCUCUGGCCCGGGCGCUGUUCGUGGAACCGGACCUGCUACUGCUGGAUGAACCCACCAACCAUCUGGACCUGCAUGCGGUGUUAUGGCUGGAGGACUACCUGGUCAAGUGGCCCAAGACGUUGCUGGUGGUGUCGCACGCGCGGGAAUUCCUGAACGUCGUCGCCACGGACAUCCUGCACCUGCACUCGCAGAAGAUCAUCACGUACAAGGGCAAUUACAGCAUCUUCGAGAAGACCAUGACGGAGCGACUUCGCAACCAGCGUAAGGCGGCCGAGGCUCAGGAGGCGAAGCGCAAGCACGUGCAGCAGUUCAUCGACCGCUUCAGGCAGAGAUGGUACAACGCCAACCGUGCCGCGUUGGUCCAGUCCCGCAUCAAGGCCUUGGAGCGCAUGGCGGAGGUGGAGGUGAUGGAGGAGGACCCCGAGUACGUGUUCUCCUUCCCCGAGCCCGAGGGCUCCGCAGCGCCGCCCAUCAUCGCCUUCAACGACGUGUCGUUCGGAUACCCGGGGGGCCCCACGCUGUUCAAGAACCUCAAUUUCGGGCUGGACCUGGAGAGCCGCUUCGCCAUCGUGGGCCCCAACGGUAUCGGCAAGUCCACACUGCUCAACCUGAUCUCAGGGAAGCUGCAGCCCACGGAGGGCUCCAUCACCAGGAACACACGGGUCCGUCUGGCCACCUUCAGUCAGCACCACGUGGAUGGACUGGAUCUGGCUCUGACACCCCUGCAGGUGCUCAGCCGAACUUUCCCCGACGCCAAGGAACCCGAGCUACGAGGGCAUCUUUCCAGCUUUGGUGUGCCAGCAACUCUGGCAGGCCAGGCCAUGUACACUCUGUCCGGAGGCCAGAAGAGCCGAGUCGCGUUCGCCAAGAUGACCUUCACCAAGCCGCACAUCUUGCUGCUGGAUGAGCCCAGUAACCACCUGGACAUCGACGCCGUCAAUGCGCUGAUCCAGGGGCUGGCCACUUUCAAGGGCGGUGUGCUCAUGGUGAGUCACGACCAGUUUUUAAUCGAGAGCACCGUGGACGAGUUGUGGAUGUGCGAGGACGGCCGUGUGCAGCCCUUCCACGGUACCUUUGAGGAGUACAAGCAGCGGCUGCGGGCCAAGAACAAGGGCCCGGCUUGA